CGGUAAGUGAGGGGGUCUUGCUACCAUGUCUCAUACAAAGCAGACUGCCCGCAAAUCGACCGGUGGUAAAGCACCCAGGAAGCAACUGGCUACAAAAGCCGCUCGCAAGAGUGCGCCCUCUACUGGAGGGGUGAAGACCUGGACAGUGGCACUCCGUGAAAUUAGACGUUAUCAGAAGUCCACUGAACUUCUGAUUCGCAAACUUCCUUUCCAGCGUCUGGUGCGAGAAAUUGCUCAGGACUUCAAAACAGAUCUGCGCUUCCAGAGCGCAGCUAUUGGUGCUUUGCAGGAGGCAAGUGUGGCCUAUCUGGUUGGCCUCUUUGAAGACACCAAUGCCUGUGCUAUCCAUGCUAUCCAUGCCAAACGUGUAACAAUUAUGCCAAAAGACAUCCAGCUAGCACGCCGCAUACGUGGAGAACGUGCUUAAGAAUCCACUAUGAUGGGAAAACAUUUCAUUC